CUCCCCAUCUUACUCUUUACCCUCAACCUAUCCCUCACCAACCCACCUCACCAUGACCCGCAAGCUCAUCUCCUCCGGCUCGGCCUUCGAGGCCCAGAUCGGCUACUCCCGCGCCGUCGUCUCGGGCGACAUGGUCUUCGUGUCCGGCUGCACGGGAUACGACUACAAGACGGGCGCCAUCCCAGACGACGUGGCUGAGCAAGCCGAGCAAUGCAUGCAGAACAUAGCGGCGGCGCUGACCGAGGCGGGGGCUGGGAUGGGGGACGUCGUGAGGGUGCAGUAUACCCUGCCGGAUACGCGGGAUUUUGAGAAGACAUGGCCAGUUCUUAAGAAGUGGUUUGGGGAGGUCCGGCCCGCGGCGACUAUGGUUCAGGCUGGGCUGAUGGAGGAGGUGAUGAAGAUUGAAAUUGAGGUGACGGCGAAGAAGGGUGAUGCCUAGAAAGGGGCAAGUUGGUUGCUGUGGGGGACAUAAUGGUUAGGUUAUAACAAGUCAAAUGGACUACC